UUCUCUUUGCGCAAGCAACCUUUUGCCAUUGGCCCUUCGCAUUUCAAUCUUCUUCUACUCUCUUUAAAGUUCCCUUUGUUUUUGUCUUCGUCUUCUUCACUUUAAACUGCCAUUGGAUUUGGCAUUAGGGCACUUAUACUCGCGGUGUUUCUGGUGAGGUAAGUUUAGGUGGCUUCCUCCGUCUCCCGCCGUCUGGCAUCCAAUGUUUGGUAAUCGCCGUCCGGCUUUCUCCAUCCUGCAAUUCCAGUGCUCUCAGAUGCCAGCUAUAUAUCUGCUUAUCUUUGAAAGCCUGGGUGAGCUCAGGACUUAAUUCUUGCCCUCACCGUCGCGACCAUCAACGGCGCUCCAGGCAAUCAUUAGCUAACACUUUUCUUGUCUUCGCAGCCCGACCUUUGAAACUGACCACCACCGUCCAUCAUGGCUACAACAGCCCCCCAGGGCACCUUGCGCCAGCGUAGCGUAGCUGGUAGCAAGAAGAACAAAGAUGGCGCCUCCUCCGAUGUUGAGCUCGACAAGCUCGUCAAGGCCGCCAACCAGCGCCCAAAGGCUGUCUCGGAGAACGAUCACAGGAUCGCCUUCUUCAUCAUCACCAUCCUGGCCUUCAUCACCAGAUUCUGGGGCAUUAGUCACCCCAACGAGGUUGUUUUUGACGAAGUACACUUCGGAAAGUUCGCCUCGUACUAUCUCGAAAAGACCUACUUCUUCGACGUGCACCCUCCGUUCGGCAAGCUCCUCUUUGCCUUUGUUGGUUGGCUGGUUGGCUUCGAUGGCCACUUUCACUUCGAGAACAUUGGCGACUCCUACAUUGCGAACAAGGUUCCUUACGUGGCCUUCCGCUCCCUCCCUGCACUCCUUGGCGCCUUGACCGUCUCGGUGGUAUACCUUAUCAUGUGGGAGUCUGGGUACAGCCUCCCCGCCUGCAUUCUUGCCGCUGGCUUGGUUCUGCUCGACAACGCCCAUAUUGGCCAAACACGCCUGAUUCUUCUCGAUGCCACCCUCGUGUUUGCCAUGGCCUGCAGCUUGCUCUGCUAUAUCAAGUUCUACAAGUUGCGCCAUGAGCCCUUCUCAAGGAAGUGGUGGAAGUGGCUGAUCCUCACUGGAUUUGCCCUUUCCUGCGAUAUCUCGACCAAAUACGUUGGUCUUUUCGCCUUCAUUACCAUUGGUUCUGCUGUUGUCAUUGAGCUUUGGGACUUGCUGGAUAUUAAGAGGCCUGGUGGAGCUCUGACCUUGGCUCAGUUCGGCAAGCACUUUGCUGCUAGAGCUUUCGGCUUGAUCUUCCUGCCCUUCCUCUUUUACCUCUUCUGGUUCCAGGUUCACUUCACCAUUCUCACCCGCUCCGGCCCCGGUGAUGAUUUCAUGACCCCCGAGUUCCAGGAGACCCUGAGCGACAACAUCAUGCUCAGCAACGCCAUCACCAUUGACUAUUACGACACCAUCUCGAUCAAGCACAAGGAGACCAAGGCUUACCUUCACAGCCACCCGGAGCGUUAUCCUCUGCGGUAUGACGAUGGUCGUGUUUCCAGCCAGGGUCAGCAGGUCACUGGUUACCCAUUCAAUGACACCAACAACUAUUGGCAGAUUCUCCCCGCUGGUGCCGAUGACAAGCAGCUCAAUCGUCACAUCAAGAAUCACGACCUCAUCAGACUCCGUCACGUUGUUACCGACACCAUUCUCUUGUCCCACGACGUUGCCUCGCCAUACUUCCCUACCAACCAGGAGUUCACCACAGUCUCGCUUGCGGACGCCUAUGGUGACAGGGCUGCUGACACUCUCUUCGAAGUACGCAUUGAGCAUGGCAAACCUAACCAGGAAUGGAAGACUAUCUCGGGCCACUUCAAGCUGAUCCACAACCCAAGCAAGGUUGCCAUGUGGACUCACACCAAGCCUCUUCCUGAAUGGGCUUUCAAGCAGCAAGAAAUCAAUGGCAACAAGCAAAUCGCACCAAGUUCCAAUGUCUGGCUUGUUGAGGACAUUUCUUCUCUACCCGCCGACCACCCGCGCCGCGCCAAGGUAGCAAAGAAGGUCAAGACUUUGCCCUUCUUGCGCAAGUGGUUUGAGCUGCAAAGGUCCAUGUUCUGGCACAACAACCAGCUGACGGCCAGCCACCCCUACGCUUCGCUCCCCUACUCUUGGCCUUUCCUGCUCCGCGGUGUCAGCUUCUGGACACAGAAUAAUACUCGUCAGCAAAUCUACUUCCUUGGCAACCCAAUCGGUUGGUGGAUUGCCAGCAGUGUCCUGGCCAUCUAUGCCGGCAUCAUCUUGGCCGACCAGUUCUCACUACGCCGUGGCAUGGAUGCUUUGGAUCACCGUUCUCGCUCCCGCCUGUACAACUCCACGGGCUUCUUCUUCCUUGCCUGGGCUACUCAUUACUUCCCCUUUUAUGUCAUGGGUCGUCAGCUCUUCCUUCAUCACUAUCUCCCCGCACAUCUAGCAUCUGCCCUUGUCACGGGUGCGCUGGUUGAGUUCAUCUUCAGCCAGGACGCCGUGGAGCACGAGGUGGCCCAUCAAGCCGCUAAGGCCGGCAAGAGCCAGACUCCUAAGCACCACUUGACGGCCCGCGAACGUUUUGCCGGCCAGAGUUUGUUGGGGUCAUGGGUUGCCACCGGUGUCAUUCUCACCUUGGUUGCCGCGGGCUGGUACUUCUUCUUGCCCUUGACCUAUGGCUACCCCGGCCUGACGGUGGAGCAAGUUAUCCGGAGAAAGUGGCUGGGUUAUGAUCUUCACUUUGCCAAAUAGGGGGUGAAGGAGUCAUAAAAAAGAGUUUCCGGCAUUUCUUAGACCAUCCGCAUAGUUGACUCGAGAAGGGGAUUGUGAAAUGAAGCUGUACGAUUUAAAGAUUCUCUGAUUUGCGCGUCUUAAGGGGAGCAAGGAGGCUACAGCCAGGUUGGGGAGUACCGGUGGGCGGUUUGGGGG